AUGUCUCUAAGAGACGAUUUUACGGAUUGUGCGACCGACGUCCGAUUAUACGGCAAAGUGGCUCUAGUGACUGGUGCUACAUCAGGUAACCAGAAUGUAGUUGCAAGGAAAGUGGACUUUGAAUCGCUAUCGUCAAUCAGAAACUUUGUUGACACAACUGUAAGAAUAGAACCUCGUUUGGACAUCCUUAUCAAUAACAUUGGAGCUAUCGGCUUGGAAGACAGAUUGACACAAGACAAUUUACAAUUAAUGAUGCAAGUCAACUACUUUGGAUCAUUUCUCCUUACGUUUCUCUUGUUUCCAAUUUUGAGAGCUUCUGCACCGAGCAGAAUAAUAAAUGUUUCUUCUCUUGCAUUAAUCUUGGGAACGAUAGACCUGGAGCAUUGGAAUGACGUAGGCAAAUAUUCCAAUUUUGGAUUUUAUUGUAACUCCAAAUUGGCAGAUGUACUCUUUACAGUUGAAAUGGAGAAGAGAAUAAGAGGUUCUGGUGUAAAUGUUUACAGUAUGGAUCCUGGAUUAGGAAAGUCGGAGUUCUUCAGACAUUUUGAGAAUCAGCUCUUAAGAAAUACUUUGAAUGCAGCUUUAUUAAAAUUUGGUAGGCCCUUACAUAGAGUUGCAACCAUGGCGGUGUAUUUAGCAGUGGACCCUAAAUUUGAAAGUGAAAGUGGGAAGCAUUUCAGAGAUUGCCAUGAAUUUUUUAGUUCCUUAGACGUGAAUAAUACAGUGUUGACUAAAAAUGUGUGGAAGGAAUCGAAGAAGUUAGUCAAAAUAUCAUACGAAGAAGACUGGGAGAAUUAG